AUGCAGCUUGGACUGGUUGUGGUGGUGGUUUUUCUGAGCUCCAUGGAUCUAACAGGCAGCAGCAAAGUGGUGAAAGGCAAGAGGCAAAGGCGAAUUAGCACCGAGCUGAGCCAGGGCUGUGCCAGGGGCUGCGACCUCUGCUCUGAGUUCAACGGGUGCCUGAGAUGUUCUCCCAAGCUCUUCAUCCUUCUGGAGAGGAAUGACAUCCGGCAGAUUGGGAUCUGCCUGCCAUCUUGUCCACUGGGAUACUUUGGCCUUCGCAAUACAGACAUGAACAAGUGCAUCAAAUGCAAAAUUGAGAACUGUGAGUCCUGUUUCAGUCGAAACUUUUGCACAAAAUGUAAGGAAGGUUUGUAUUUGCACAAGGGAAGAUGCUACGUCACAUGCCCUGAAGGCUACUCUGCUGCCAACGGCACCAUGGAGUGCAGCAGUCCUGCACAAUGUGAAAUGAGUGAGUGGGGACCCUGGGGGCCCUGCUCCAAGAAGAGGAAGCUCUGUGGCUUCAAGAAGGGCAAUGAAGACCGAACGAGAAGGAUUCUGCAGGCUCCCUCUGGAGAUGUCUCCCUCUGUCCUGCCACCACAGAGGUGCGGAGAUGCACCGUGCAGAAGAACCAGUGCCCCGAAGGUAAAAGGAAGAAAAAGGAAGAGCAAGGAAAGCAAGAUAAUGGGAACAGAAAUCGGAAAGACACCAAAGACACAAAGUCUGGCACCAAGAAGAGGAAGAGCAAACAGAGGGGGUCCGUGGCCCCUGCCACGUCCACCAGCCCUGCCCAGUAGCUGCCCCUUUAUGUCACCUGAUGGCAAGACUUCAUUGCUGCUAUGUAUAUGAAAGCUUUAUUGAACCAGAGCACUGCUAGACCACACGUACACAUGUCCAGAAAGACAGACAUAUAUCCCAGACAGACCCACAGACCCAGCAGAAACCACAUACACAAUCCUUAAGGAGGCUGCACACACACACCCCGGGACUGCAGAUGGAUGCUGCCCAGGAGUGGGAGCACAGAUGGGGGAGAAGCCCACCUGCCCUGGGCUCUGUGGGGGAUGCUGGAGGGAGGAGAAGUGCAGCAGGAGUCAGCCAAGGACCUAGACAUGAGACUUUGUGACCAAAGACCUCGACUUGAGCCCGGCGAUGUGGCCCAGAACAGCAUGGCUGCACCAGAGGGAGGGGACCCUCAUGGCCCCUCUCCC